AUGCAUGCACUUCUGACGUCUGCUGCUGCCGCUGCCGCCGCCGCCGUUGUCCGCUUUGCUGAGCAGGGCCUGCGCUGCGUUGCCUGGACCCCCGAAAGCGCUGCGCUGCGAUCGACUCGUCGGCCCAAUCGCAGCUCCCAGCGCGCGCCUUGCACUACGACCGCCUUCCAGAAAAAGCACUGUGAUCUUAGCCAGCAGCCGCUCAACCGUAAGAAGCACAUCGCCAUCAUGCCCUCCGAUGCCUCCGCCUCCGCCUCCGCUUCAGCCCCAGAAGCCUCGGCGGCUGCGUCGCACCGCUCUCCGACAAACUCGGUUGACCUUCCGCUGUCCCGCACGCAUUCGCAACAAGCUUCCCUCGAUACAUCCGCGCACUCGGAUUCGCACAAUGCGCCUCAACCUAGUCUUGCGCCUUCCAUAAAGCCACGCAUCAGCAGCAUGGCACGCUCCCCGGCAUCCAGCUCACAUUCAAUCAGCGACGACGGCAAAGAGAUCGAUCUGACCCAGGCUAGUUCAGACGACAAACACCCAAUCAUGGACUCCUCAGCCAGGUACAACAGCAUCGAUACAUACAACCUCAGUACGCUCUCCUUCACCGUCGACUCCAGCUCUCCAGACCACCCCGCACCAUCACGCUACGUCAACUUGGGCAUGACGAGACCACUUUCUCACAUCCCUGACGAUCAAAAGGUCAAUCCACGUGGCAUACGCGACAUCUUUGGCAUCCCCGCGUCGCUAGUCGGCUCGGCAACCAGCAUGAACGGCUCCACAACAGCAACUUCAGAGGCCAACAACUUCUUCACCAAUCCGUACUCAUGGGACACCAUGGAUGGAAAGGAAGAGCCGGACGAUGCCUUGCAUGACCCAAGCUCCGCGCACGACACUCCCGACGGCUGCUUCGGAGGCGCACUCGGUACCAGAGGCCUGCUCAACGUUGGCGUGCUCGUCGUCCUCGCCCUCGCACUCGUCGCCCUCUUCGGCGGAUACCCCGUCAUCGCCUACCUCAAUCGGCAUCACGAGAGCACAAAAGGUGGCUUCAAUCUCGGCGGAGUCAACGCCUCGGGCCAGAUUGCCAGCAUACCCGGCCUGCGAUCCUCCCUGAUCGACCCAGACACGCCCGAGGACGCCUAUACCACACUCAGCCCCGACGGCUCAAAGAACAUGAAGCUCGUCUUUUCCGACGAAUUCAACACCGACGGACGCUCCUUCUAUCCGGGCGACGAUCCGUUUUGGGAGGCCUCCGACCUGCACUACUGGGCAACAAACAACUACGAGUGGUAUUCGCCCGAGGCUGUCACCACAGCCAAUGGCUCCCUGCAAAUCACGCUCGCCGAGGUCGAGACCAACAAUCUCAACUUCCGCGGAGGAUUCCUCAGCUCGUGGAACAAGUUUUGCUUCACCGGCGGCUACCUCAUCGCCAGCGUCCAGCUGCCCGGCUCCCCCCACGUCCCAGGUCUCUGGCCCGCCUUCUGGACCAUGGGCAACCUCGGACGCGCCGGAUACGGUGCCACCACCGACGGAACCUGGCCCUAUUCGUACAGCGCAUGCGACGUCGGCACCUUGAUGAACCAGACCGACGCCAACGGCCAGCCCGCAGCCGCCGCCAUCGGUGGAGACGUCAUGUGGAAUCGCAAAGCCGAGUCCAAGGCGCUUUCCUUCCUCCCAGGCCAACGACUCUCGGCAUGCACCUGCGCCGGCGAGGACCAUCCCGGUCCCAUCCUCAAGGACGGAAGCCUACGCGGACGCAGUGCCCCCGAGAUCGAUGUCUUCGAGGCCCAGGUCGAUGGAACGCUCGGCCUCACCGUCUCCCAGUCGAUGCAGACGGCCCCUUUCAAUAUGUUUUACAACGUGACCAACUCGACAGGCCCGGCAUACGAGUUCUUCCAGCCGACAUCGCACCUCAACCUGUACAAUGGACAGAACGACCAACAGGCGCUUAGUGGCAUCUCGCUCGCGUCGCAGCGUGCAGUGCAGCUCGGUGGAGACAAGACCUUUUCGACGUAUGGCUUCGAGUACGAGCCUGGACCGACUGGGUACAUCGACUGGAUCUCGGACAGCAAGCGGGCAUGGAAGGUGCAUGCGGCGGCGCUCGAGGCGGACCCGGUGUCGCAGAUCAGCGACCGACCAAUCCCCGAGGAGCCGAUGUACAUCAUCUUCAACCUCGGCAUCAGCGAGAACUUUGGCACGCCCGACUGGCGCCGGCUGCGCUUCCCCGCCGUGAUGCAGGUGGACUGGGUGCGCGUGUACCAGGAUCCAGAGGCGGAAAACGUCGGGUGCGACCCCAAGGACUUCCCCACCGCCGACUACAUUGAGCGCCACAAGGCGGCCUACUACAAUGCCAACUACACCGUCUGGGGCGGUACUGCCGAGGAGGGCGGCUACGGCGCGCUCUGGCCGCGCAACCGCCUCUACCCGGACGGAUGCGCCGCACCCACCAGCACCCAGCCCGGCUCGCCCGUCCAACCAUACCCACAUGCAAGCCCUGUGCCGUCGAGCCAGAUCGCCGUCGGCCAGAACUGA